UGACCUUGACCUCACACAAAUAUUUCGAUGACAAACAGGAAGUGAGAAAAUAUCAUAAACAUAGGCUGCAAUUAUUUUGUCUAGCCAAAAUGUCAGAAACUUAUGACUUCCUGUUCAAGUUCCUGGUGAUAGGAAGUGCAGGGGCAGGAAAGUCAUGUAUUCUUCACCAGUUUAUAGAAAACAAAUUCAAACAGGAUUCCAACCACACAAUAGGGGUGGAAUUUGGCAGUAAGGUUGUGAAUGUUGGAGGAAAGUCGGUGAAACUACAGAUCUGGGAUACAGCUGGACAAGAAAGAUUCAGAUCUGUAACCCGAAGUUAUUACCGAGGAGCUGCAGGUGCCUUGCUUGUAUAUGACAUCACAAGCCGUGAGACAUACAACGCCCUAACCAACUGGCUGACAGACGCCCGUACCCUGGCCAGUCCCAACAUUGUGAUCACCCUAGUGGGAAAUAAAAAAGACCUAGAGGCAGAGCGAGAAGUAACAUUCCUCGAAGCCAGCAGGUUUGCACAGGAAAAUGAGCUGAUGUUUUUGGAAACAAGUGCUUUAACUGGGGAGAAUGUCGAGGAGACCUUUCUCAAAUGUGCUCGACAAAUCCUCACUAAAAUAGAGUCGGGUGAACUGGAUCCGGAACGGAUGGGCUCCGGGAUCCAAUAUGGGGACACAUCCGUACGACGCCAACAACGACCCCCAACAACGUCGUCGAGACCCGAAUGCUCUUGCUAGCUUUUCUCUCUUUUCUGCUUCUACUGGUGGAAGAAUUGGACAAUGUGAGUUGGACCCAGAGCGUAUGGGUUCGGGCAUACAGUAUGGCGAUGGCUCCCUGCGCAGAAUGAAGAAAACCGAAACUAAAUCUCGGCCAGAUUGUGCCUGCUAGCAUCAAGCAACAUCUCUCUGAGUAUCAGUGAUCAUGACUCAAACUUUUGUACAAUAAUCUCAAUGUGUUUUGUGAGUGUGAACUUGAACAAGUUACAUUUAGUUGAUGUAAAUCAUUAUGCCCCAAUUUCUCAAAACAUCUUAAGCUUAACAGGUUUAAGUAUAAUUUUUCAUUAUGCCAAACUCCUCAAACUUGCUUUAACUGGAUUUUAUCAACCAAAAUACAGUUUAUCAUGCUUAUUUUUAAGUUCCUUUUAAUAUCUCCAACUUUAUAAGGAGAAAAAAUACUCAAUUUUUGCCAAAACACAAAUUGUGAGCUUAGCUUGAUCCUGUUAUAUUGGGCUUAACCAAUUUCGAGAAAUGGGGGUCUUUUUGAUAAAUCUCAAUGCAUUAUGUAUGUUAGAACUUCAAACAGUUAUAUUUAGUUGAUGUAAAUUAUGAUCCAGUGUGACCCUUGAACUUGUGGGCCAAAAUGUAAUGUUGUCUCGAAUUUUUCAGCACAGUUUGAAAACAAAAGACUUGUCUUUAUUCAUGAUUUCAACAAUUUGUUGCAAUAGUGUUUCAUUUAUGAAUCAUUAUAUUUGAGUCUAUCAGUCUUUCAAGUGCAUAUAUGUGAACAUGUACCUCGCAUUAUAUAUUUCUUGUUUGUCAAUUUUUCAAAGAAAAAGUUGAGUUAUUGUGAAAGCCUUCGUGUCGUAGGCAUAUAAAACCUUUAAACUUGGUCAUGAUGCUCAAACUGUAAGAUAUUUAACUCAAAGUUGGUACACAUGUUGCCAGAGACAAUAUGAACAUGUAUAGUAAGGCUUAUAACUCUGGCUUAAUAAUUAUUGAGUGAUUCCCCUUUUGGACUGAAACCCGACAGACAAGCGUUGAUGUUUGCUUUGCGGCACUCUUGUUAAGCAAUUGGGACCACAAGACAUUGUUAAGGAAUAAACAUGAUCAGACUAGACACCAGAUGAUACAAUUUCUAAAAAAAAAGAAAAUUGUCAAAAACUUACAUAAAAUUGGCAUCAUUGUGUACAACGCAGUGAAUCUUACUUGCUGAUGUAUCACAUCACUUAAGACUCUUAAGAUUCUUAGCCUCCUACGAGCUGGCAUUGACAAUUAUAGGCCUAACUUGAGGAGAACCUGUAUAUGCCAAUUUUGGACCAUCUGGUGUCUUCUCCCUUAAACUAAUUUCCUGUAAAGACCACAUCUUUGACCAUAUUUUCCUUAAUUUGCAUACUUCCAAGUACAUCUGACAAUAAGACAGAUGAAAAGUGAGAUAAGGAGUUUAUUAAUUAAGUGGAUUUAUUAUUACCGGUUCUCAGAAAAUAUGCAGUAUACAAAUAAGCUAAUAUUUUGAUAUUUAGUACCUGGUACCUUUUUGCUACUUACUGGCUUGCAAUGUGAUUUAUAUAUAUCAUAAUUCAGGCAUUUUGAGAGUAUUAUAGAUCUGACAUACAUGUAUUACCGGGUAAACUCAGAGUUGAUGCUGUGUUGAUAAAUUGAUAUCAUAUAUCCCCAUUUGUUUUCAAAAAUUAUUUAUCAUGUAAAAAAAAAAAAUGAAUAUCAUCCUAAACUAUGAUGUACAUGUAGAUGGUGUUAUUUGCAUGAAAAGUGUUUUUCUCUUUAUCUUCUAUAUUUAAAAAUGAACACAAUCAUUACAUUGUAUAUGAAGUUUCCACUGUUAGAUGCACAAGUUUUAUGCUUAUACUUGUGGAACACUUUGUGAGGCCCUGAUAAAAAUCUUACUUAAGUGCAUGAUCUUACUAAGGUAAGAUCUGACUCCGAGCUAUUGAAAUCUGUAUUGUAAGUGAUCUGAAUUUCCAAAAUUUCCAGCCACUAAGAAGUUAUGUAAAACUAACAGUAUGUGUUCAUUAAGUUAAUUCCCUAUCUAAUCUCAGAAACAAUUCAGAAAUCCCAGUUAAAUGACUAUUAAAUUCAUCUUUAUUGUGGAUACAAAGCUAUUUUAAGUAGGCAUCUGAUUGGCUGACAGAAAGUGUUCCAGAAGAUGACCUCUUAAGGGUGAACCUAAGUUCUUGAUGGCAAUGCGUGUAAAGUGAUACGAUCUUAAUAACAUUGCCCUGAUACAAUCUAUAUUUGUAGAUUAAAUUGAUUGAAAGUCAUAUGCAAUAAGUUGUCAAGUGAUUGAUAAACUAUAUCCGGAUAAAUAAACUUUUGAGGGCCUCAAAUAUUUCUAUCAGUGAUAAGUGAAUUAUACAGCUUAUUCAAGACAAUGUGCUAAUUCCUUGUAAAUAUAGGGAUAUUUGCUAUUAAAAUUAAGGCUUCACCCAUUAUUUUUUUAUUUAGAUACAUAACAUUAAUGUCAAGAAUCCAAUUCUUAAUUCCAUAUUGUUCUUUUAAUACUCAUUUUGAUAUUUGAGGAUGCUAUAAUGAAAUUCAAGCAGAUGUUAAUCAUUUUUAAAAUCAUUUAGCCACACAGCUUGGAUAAAUUUAAGUGUUUAGUAUGCAAAGCUUAUGUAAUUGUUUAAAUUGUGUUUUAUUUGUAUUUAAUGUAUUUUGUUGGUUUAUUAAAUCCAUAGUAAAAAUCAAACAAAACAAAAUGCAAAUGCAUACAAUCAUGAUGUGAAGAAUUUAAGAAGUUUUUUUCAUAAACUGUUUCUAAGAACAUUCCAUUCACGUUGUUUAUUUCAGGUUAAAUUAAUCCAAACUUGUGCCACUUGUUCAGCAGCUGAUUAUAUAAAACUGGUUAUGCUUUGGUUUGUUUAAAGUUAUCAGUAUGUUAUCCAAUAAAUACCAGUUACCAAUCAAAUCGUUUUAAUGAGCCAACUAGCCAAAAGUUAACCUGUAGACAACCUUAAUCAAUGUUUUAUACAAUUGGCUGCAGGAACUUUGUUAAAGUUUACAACGCUCUUAACCGCAUUUUUGUGAAAAUUUAGAAGUAAAAUAUUUUUUGGUAUUGAAGGGCUCAUAUAUUUAAAUUAUACAAAACUCCGUUGAAACAGUUCUCCAACUAUUUGUAAGAAGUGUUACAAUUGUGUGUCCAGUGUAGGAAAGAUUUGAAAGUUAUUUACAGUGACCAUAGUCUACAUUAACAAAACACUGAUCAUUCGGCCCAAGUCUGUCAAUUAUUCAAUAAUGGGCUGAUUGUGUCAGAACAGUGUUAAAGUUAACAACAUUGUAAACUUGAUCGUUGUUAACUUGUAGUGCUUUAUUGCUCUAAAAUGUUCAUGAACACACAUUCGAUCUGUGUUACUUUUCACAAAUAUUAAAACCUCUGAUUCAGCUAUGAUUGUUCUAUCGUAAUAUAUAUCAGCACAUAAUAAAAUAUUUCACCUUUAAAAAAUAACAAUGAUGCUGUUAACAAUGUUGUUAACUUUAAUAGAGUUCUGGACAAUCAGCCCAUGGUCAAUCACAUGAACACAAACUUAUGUAAUAUCAAAAUUGUCAAACCCCAUUCAGCUUGCAUUUCGUACAAUUUAUAUAUUAAAACGUUGUUUGUUCAUAUAUAUGAUUUAAUGGUGUUCAUUUUUUUCCAUGUUUCCCAUGUAAAUAUUGUAGAUAAUAAGUUGUACAGACAUAUCAUUUCUCGCCAUUUGAAUUACAUGUAGUCCUUCUAUACUGACAAGCCAUUUUGUUGGUUCUGUGUGUAUGUGUUAUAUUAUGAAUUCAAGAAUAGCAUUUGUUUAGAUUGGGGCAUUUUUGUUGCAUUUUUUAAUGAAUAUUCCUUUUGCUAAUUGGAUAAAAUCUACAUAUUGUGUAUAUGUAGAAGUGUCCGGUUUAAUCUCCAAGUUAUAAGCCUAAAAAAAGUAAAGACUGACAUGCUUUAAAAACUGCUAGAAAUGUGGUUCUUCCUUUAAUCCUGAAAAUGGCAAAAGGGAAAUUUUUACUCCAUCCAUAGUUACACAUGUUAUGAUAAAACGGGUCCCUGAAUAAUGUUUUUCAAGGUCCUUUUCUGAAUUUUUUUCAAGGUACUUUUAUGCUAUAUUACACUGAAUUCUUGAAUACUAUCUUCCAGAAAUGUGUUAAGGCACUGUUGUUGAAGCAAUUGUGAAGCUCAUCUUCUUUUAUUAAAAGAAACGAGGUAUUGUCAAUGCGUUCAUGUUGUCAUCGUCGUUGGCGUCAUUGUAAACAAAAUUAUCCUUGGCUAUAACCAGAAAAUCUUUUGAGAUACUCAAAUCAAACUUGGUACACAUGUUGCCAGACACAACACACACAUUUGAGGCAAGGCCUAUAACUCUGCCUUUAAUAAUUGCCAAGCUGACUGAAAAAAAACCAGACAAGUGUUGGUGUUUGCUCACAAUGCUUUUUUUCAGCUUCCUCCACAUCGUACAUGUAUUUGUUUAUUGAUUAUGUUUUGAUAUAACAUGUCAAAAUAAGUGCUGGUAAGAAAUUGAAUUGAAUGUUUUCUGUGUAUGUGUGUAGGUAUGGAUUUCGUUAUGUUCAAAUUAUAUUUGUGAAUUGUUGUUAAGAUUUUGUUGAUAAGUAUGUUGUAUUAUUUGAAUGUUUAUUUAUGCAGUACAUGACUAUUCCUUUGACUAUUAAAAAGAUUGUAUGCA